AGUCGACCGAACACGCGCCUACACGGUAACAACUUUUAUCAACUCAAACGAAAUAUCGCGCCAAAGACGCGCGUUCCAAUAUUAAAUUUAUAAUUCAAAUAAAAAUCAGACUCAAUUAUUAUAAUUUUAUUAGUAGUAUUAUUAGUGAGUGACGUGAGAAAGUAUUGGCACGUGAAAAGUUUUCGUUGGCAUCAAUCUUCUAAAAACAAAACGUUCUGAAACUAAUCUAGAAUGUACAUACAGUCAAACAAUAGCAUCACGUACUUUGACGACAAUGCCAGCGACCCGUAUACACCGUACAAGGAUAGAGUGGAGACUUAUGUGGUGCCAGUAAUCUUUGCUAUAAUAUUUAUCGUAGGCGUAUUGGGAAAUGGAACUCUAGUUAUUGUUUAUGUUAGACAUAGGGGCAUGAGGAAUGCACCCAACACGUACAUAUUCUCUUUGGCGCUUGCUGAUCUCCUAGUAAUUCUAAUCUGUGUACCGUUUGUCUCUACGAUAUACACCCUGGAGUCAUGGCCAUGGGGAGAGGUGAUAUGCAGGCUGUCUGAAACUGGCAAGGACAUUAGUAUUGGGGUAUCUGUCUUCACGCUGACCGCUCUCUCAGCUGAGAGGUAUUGCGCUAUUGUGAACCCCUUUCGUAAGUUACAACUAAGAAAGUUGCCGUUGGUAUGCGCUACGAUAAUUUGGAUAGUUGCCCUGCUAUUGGCAACACCAGCAGCCUUAUUUUCCAAUACUGCAUCGGCAACACUUCACAACAACGUCACUAUAUUAUUUUGCUCCCCUUAUCCACCAGAUUGGACUACAUUUCCCAAAUGGAUGACAUUAGCGAAAGCAAUAAUAUACUACGCUUUACCGCUUUUAGUAAUAGCAUUCUUCUACUCCCUAAUGGCACAAAGGCUAUUAGCAAGUACAAAAGAAAUGCCGGGAGCACUUCACGCGGGUCAGGGAGAGGCGCAGGCAAAGGCCAGGAAAUCUGUCGCUUGUAUGGUCCUCAUAUUUGUGAUUGUAUUCUUUAUAUGCUUCCUGCCAUACCAUGCGUUGGAGUUAUGGUAUUAUUACUCACCAACUGCCGAGUAUGAUUAUAAUGAUUGGAUUCACGCCCUGAGAAUAAUAGGCUUCUGUCUCAGUUUCCUCAACUCAUGCGUGAACCCCGUGGCCUUGUACUGCGUGAGUGGAGUUUUCAGACAACACUUCAACCGGUACCUGUGUUGUCAACGUAGCACUCUUCACCCGUCUUGCAGCUCUCGGCUCUCCAGAACUGCUAUUUGUGAAACAUCCUUCAGAAGCACUCAUCGGCAUCGUUGUAACAGGAACCCCACAGAGAGUGUGGUAAUAUCUAACUAUGAUUAUGGAAAUAAGAAGAAAAACAACAUAAUAUCGAGGAGCAGCGCUGAUGCUGUCACUAUUAUGACUAUUAGAGAUUCGACAGAUUUCAUUACAGAUGUGAACGAGAAAGCUAUUAACAGAUAGACGACUAAGCUAUUUUCUUGUAAGGCUUAAGCUGACUAUUGGAACCAAUGUUAAUAUUGUAAUAUCUAACGAAACUGACUUGAAUGUACCUAUAGUUGAAUGGUUUUAUGCUGUCAAUAUAAUAUCACAAUACUUUUUUUGGAUAUAUCUAAUAUCUUUACACGAGCAAUUCUUGUAUAUAUACAACCUGAUUCUCGGAAAUGGCUCCAACGAUUUUCACAAAAUUUAGUAUACAGGGGAUUUUGGGGGCGACAAAUCGGUCUAGUUAGGUUUCAAUUUAAUAAAAUGUUUUAUCCGUGUUUUAAUGAGAAACUGCUACAAUAACAUUAGAAAGGUAAAUUUCGUUACUAUAUACAAGACUAUAAUAGCUCAGAUGGGACAUUGGGUGAUCCGGAACGCAGAAGACCCCGGUUCGAAUCCACACGACCUAUUUUAUUUUUCGUUCAAGUUUUGUACAUUCUUAAAACUCCGAGCAAGUCUCGGUCGUCCGGAUAUUGGUAUAUUAUUCACGCAUUUCGUUCGUUGUAGGCUGUUCAUAAGCUCAGGAACUUAAAUUUACUUCCCUGUAUCGUUAUUCAUCAUGAGAAUCUAACUAGGAAGGUACAAGAAUAUUACUUUAAACAUGUCACCUCGUAGGUGACAAGUGGACCACCAGGGGUAUCUAGCGAUUUAGAAUUGUAAUUGGCGAAUGUGAAGCAAAUAACUGGAAAAGCUCUUGCACGAAAUAUUUUAGUAACUAAACUUUUUUUAAUGCAAUAUAUGAUUCUGAAUGAAUGAAUGAAUGAGAUUCUUUAACGUUGAGUAGUAUGUGUACACCCGUGUGUUUAUAUAAUGUUGCUAUUGUAUGUACUCUUCCCGCAAAUGAUAAGCACUCAUAAUAUUUUGAUGGCCUUCGUAUUUAGAUUUCCAUGUUUAAGCUGUUGAGCUUAGGUGAAAUUAAUAGUUUUUCAAUUUUAUGAAACUCAAAAUUAUUUGUAAAUCCAAAAAAAAUUACUCAUAAUUAGUUACUACACAAAUCGAAACAUAGCAGUGCGAAAUUGUUCUCGAUAAUUAUAUUAAAUUCUACCGCUUAUGUAAAUAUUCUUAUCUAUCAGGUAAUUUUUAGUCACCUUUGUAUGUGCAUAUGAUAAUAUGCGGACCAUGCAUAUCCUAAAAAGUUGGCUUUGAUAUAAUAAACCUACAACCGAAAACGUGGUCUGAGUUAGAUCAAAUUAUUUAUUCACCAAAUACCAGAUUAGAAUGUUAAUAAUUUUAUGUGAACAUAAUAGUUUGCAUAUAAUCAUGCAUUUCUGAUUUUUAAGAAUGGCAAGAAUGUAUAUAUGAUAGUGUGUAAAAGGCUUACUUAUAACUAUCGCACCAUUCCGAAAAAAUCCUACCAAUAUUAUGUAAAUAACUUUUCUUUUCAAUACAAUAAAUGUAUUAGAGACUUCAAACUUUCAACUGUUAAUAUCUCAACAUGAUUACAAAUAUCUAGAAAAAAUGUUACAAUAUCAUCUAUAAUAUGCAUUUAAAUAUAAUAUAUUUAAUAUAAUAUUGUAAAUA